AUGGAGCAUGGUAGUCGUGCUGUAAAUGUCAUCAUCGACAAUGGCAGUGGUAUGAAUGUAAUUUCUGAAGAUGCAGUGAUAUUGUUCCAGCAGAGGAUUCAAGCAAGCAAGGAUCUCUCUAAGACAAAGCGACUUGCUGAUGAAAAUGAAAGGAAACGUUAUUUAGCCUUCCGGAAAGCAGAAAAGGAAGGGGAGAAAAAAUCAAGGGAUAAAGUUCUACGGAAACUAGAGCAGGAUAAGGUAGAAAGAAGGUAUCAUCUCGGAUUGCCUCCAGAAAGGAAUGCAGCAUUAAAACCUUCCACUCCUUUGUUUCGGGAAAAAAAUGAAAGGAUAUUGUCUGUUACAAAGGCAGAGCACAUGAAGGAAUGUUUAAGAACUAUUAAGCAUAAUCGCCAGGAUGAUGGUGCCAGAGUUAGGAGGGCCUUCCAAACUCUUCUGAUCUAUAUUGGAAAUGUCGCAAAAAAUCCUGAUGAGGAAAAGUUCAGGAAGAUCAGACUUAGUAACCCAUUAUUCCAGGAUAGAGUUGGGAAGUUGAGAGGAGGUGUGGAGUUUCUAGAGCUCUGUGGGUUUGAGAGAACAGGAGGAGGAGAGUACUUAUACCUUGCCCAUGAUAAGGUGGAUGAGGCAGUGCUAAACACAGCGGGGUUUGAAUUGAAGUCUGCAAUGACCAACCCCUUCUUUGGAGUUCUAAGUGGGUAAGAGAUGAUUGCAGUGUGAUAUCAGGUUCAAUGAAAGAAAUUUGGCUACAGAUGAUUACAUGCUUGUGAAUGCCAUGUAUAUAUCUCGUUGUUAAGUUCCUCUAUGAAUACAGUUGAUAGCGGGAGGAUGUAUAACAUUUUAUGCUAUAUAUUGUAAUCAAAUUAAAAUUCUCCAGAAGCAUAAUGAAAUGAGGGUAUGAUGUUUGUACUCAUGUAGUUGUUGCCUCUUGAUAUAUUGAUGGU